CUUUAUACAGACGGCCCGCUAACGGUUGGCACCAUUCCCAUGGCGCAAAGACCACUUGUGAUAUGCCCCGUGAGUGGCGCGACAACAGUCAUUUUCUGCGCAGUGUCACUUAUAACAGUUUGUAUCUGCUUCAGUCUGUUACGUUUGCAAUCGGAGCAGAUCAAUGAAUUGAGGAAUGAUCUCAUGGCUUUAAAGAUGAACGUUGAAAAGGCGGACAUCAUCAAGCGUUCUGCUUACUGCAGCGGGGUCGAUGCGAAAGGACAGAGUGCAAGUAGAGGCAGAAGAGAGACAUCCAAACGGGGACGAAAGCAACGGCAGACCCAGAAACGGAAACGCCAGUGCGCUUCAGUAGGACGCCGUACUUUCCUUCAUCUGAGGGCUUCGUCUUUUGUUUCAUAUGAUAAAGACGACUAUACAGCCAUACAAUGGACGGCUGCAGGGAGCCAAGGAGAGGGGCUGGAGGUAUCUGGGGAGACUGUGACCGUGGCGACAGAAGGACCUUACUUCAUCUACAGCCAGGUACUCUACAAGGGCACCACAUGGUCCAUGGGUCACGUGAUCACUAAACGCCCUAAUGGCACUGAACACAGCAAUGGCACCAACAUUAUGAUGUGUGCAAAGAACAUGCCCGACAAUAGCAAAAUCAAGGCCCUCAAUAGUUGCUACACUGCCGGGAUUUUCUUCUUGGAGUCUGGAACCGUCCUUGAGCUCUAUGUCCCACGAAAGUCAGCCGAACUCGACCGCCGUUCACACGCAACGUUCUUCGGCAUUUCCAGCCUCUGGCAGUAGAGCAUGGCUUAAAGGGAUAUUCC